AUGAGUAUGGAAAAGUGCAUCAAGGCGUUGGUUUCGUUUGAUCGGGGGAAGCAGAGAGAGUAUGAAUACCGAAUUGGUCAGUUCCGCAAUUCGAACUACGAUGAGGAGAUGUCGACUGCUCUUCGUUUCACGACGCACUACGUCGCACGUCAGAUCGAACGUCAGUACGCUGGGGGCCUUGCGAAGUCUUCGCGAUACAAAUUCGAGGAGGACUCUGAGGAAUCGUGUGGAAUCACAGUCAGAGGCCUUUUUAAGGACCACAAAUUUUGCGUCGAUGAUUGGAGAUGCGACUCUGAAAUGGCAGACAUUGAAGACGAGGCCGAGUUCGAGGAUAUGUUCCUGUUCGUGAUGGGUCAGCGGAGGAACGUCCGGCAGAAGAAAAUCGCCGAGGACAUACCUGAAGGUGAGGUCGAUGGCGAUGCUGAAGUCGAAGACCUACAAGACCCGAACGAUGCAAAUAUGAAGCGGAAAUUUGGCAUAAGCAGUAGUGACGACGAUACAUCUCAAACCGAAAGCUCCACUGCUCUGGUGUGA